AACAGUGAGGUCAUCUUGCGCUCUGACGGGGCCCGCAGCUACAAGAUGCGCGCGUCGGGGCUCGUGCGCGACCACGUCGUGCACUGCGAGAAGCGGAAGAAGAUCGACAGGAAGUGGGCUUGGUUGAGGCCAGUCUACUCGAAGGUUGUCACCCGCAAGUUGCCCGGCGUCUCCAAGAUCAGGGUAAAGGCAGGGGCGCAGAUCAUCGACCGCGCCUGGAGGUUUUUCAAAACCCUCAUUGGCACGCGCGCGGACCUCCCAGGCAGCAGGCGUCUCGCGGCUUCGGUUCGCUCGGUCCAGUUCGAGUGCUGGAACAAGGGCGAGGAUAUGUGGGCGGCCACCGCGGAUGCCAUCUGGGAGGUCGCGGGCGCGGUGCAGUCGCUGGGGCAGGUUGCGUGCGACGCCGAGGGGGGCGGCGAGCUCGCCUUUGAGGAGGCGUCGUUGAUGGUCAGCGGUAGCAAGUUAGACUACCACCCCUCGAAGUGCGUCAAGAAAGGCAGGUUGGCUUUCGCUGGUGGCCUUUCUAUCUUCGACCUUCCUCUGCUACCGAUCGCGAAUUCGAGUGCCGCGAAGUUGGUCGCUUUCGCCGACGUGGUAUCCAACUACGAGGGCCCGAUUGUCUUCGACAAGGUGCACGAGUUGUACGCACAGGGUAAGUUCAAGGACUUGCAGGCCCACAACAUCGACUACGGCCAAAACUUUCGGACGGGGUCGAUUGCGUUCCAGUUCGUGCUGGAGAAGCUCGAGGGCUAUCAAAUACGGUGGGCGCGCUCGGACAAGGUCAACAGGGAGGGUUCGAAUAUAUUCGGAUGGCCUGCGUCCAAGGUGGAGACUGCGCUGCGCAACUGCCAGGGGGACAGGACGAAUGCCAAACCGACCUCGCGCUGGAGUUUGACGCUAAAGGACUUCUCUGGCUGGUUCCUCAAUGGCGUCCUCCGCCUGAUGAUUGGCACACUCCGCAUGCGCGGGGUGCCGUGGGUCGGGAAGUCCAGAGUUGGCAAGAGCAACGGUUCGAAAACGCUUGCUUGGGUUCAUUUGGCGCACAGCAUACAGAAGAAGGGCGCCGCCGAUGAGAUCGCUUUCCUGACGGUGAAGCACGUGGAUUUCUUCAAGUGCGGGCCGACGACGGAGAUCCUCCCUGGCAUUUUCGACGACGGCCUGCUUCAGAAGGUUCGGUGGCCUGGCGUGGCCCACGCCAUUGCCGCCCGCGGCUUCCAGGGAGCCGUCGCGAACCCCUACGACCGCGACGCGGAGAAGGCGGCGCUGGAUGCCGCGACGCUAAACAAGCACGGCCUCGACCUGCUCAAGCGUAUCAUCGCGCCGUCUCUGGGGGAUGUCAGGACAGAGGAGGACUUCCACGCCAUCCUCGCCAGGGCGCGCGUCAUCGUGGUGACGGACCUCGGCGUGCAUUGGCGCGUGGCAUCCGCCAACCUGCAGGAUGGUGCAGAUUUCAUGCCGUGGCCCAACCCCAGGGGCCCCGACCUCUUCGUCAGCGAAGUGCGGGACACGACGUCGCCAGCCAUCCGCCCGCUCCCCUCAGACUACGCCGAAAAGAUGGCUUGGUCGAUUGGGUGCAUGAGCAAUGUGGUCGCGGGCCUUGACGUGCCCACUAUUUCGACUGUCCAUGUUGCUCCUAUCUUCGGCGAUGGCCCUGCGCGCGUUGUCUCCGCUGUCGGCAACGUUUCAGGGUUCGAUCCAGGCGCGGCCAGCGCUCCGCCAGCCGCCGCGGCCGCUUCGGCGUUUUCCCAGCCGCCAACCGAGUUGUCCCAGGAGGAGGCCGCGUUCGGCUUCGGCGGCGGAAUGGACGAACCGCCAGAAGACAGCUCGCGCGCCGCCAGCUCCGCGCAGCCCAACAUCGUUGGGCGUUGCGGCGAGCUCACUAAGGAGGACCAGGGCGAGCAGCUCGCGAUUUUCAAGAGCCUCGCCAAGGCGCGCCACGGUGCGUUCGAGGACUUGUCCUCGCCUCUGCCAGUGAAGAGGGCGAGGGGGCUCAUGAUGGGCUGCGGUGGUCCGUUGUCGCCCGUGGAUGCCGAUGAGCAGAGGGCGAUCUUCGCUUCCAUUGCCGCCUCGGCCCACGGUGAAACGAUCGACGUCGAGGAUGGCGACGGUCUGUCGGCAGAGCUCGCGCGCGUGCUUGACGAGGGGGGGCCGCCCUCUGAGUCGGCGACGGCGCGCCGCAGCGAGGCCAGCGGCGUCGCCGCCGUGGCGGUCAUUGGUGGGGCCGUGAAUGGGUUUCCUGGUCCUGAAGACUUAUAUGGGGUAGUCGGCGUGACUUUGGGUUGGAUCGUCAUGUGGUACACGUUCUUGGGCAACCAGAUUGCGUUCAAGUUCGCAGAGAUGGAUGAGAGUCAGAAGCAGACUGCCCUCAACAUUGCUGACCGCGGUGUCAUCAAUACGAUAGAGCAAUGUAUCCCGUUCUUCCUGGUGCUGUGGUUGCAUGCGUUGUUCGUAAAUCCCAGCACUUCUGCAGUGCUCGGGUGGAUCUACGUGGUUAUGCGAUACCUCUACCCGGUAUGCUAUGGCUUAUAUGGCAAGUUUAAUAACAUGGUCGAAAUUCCCUGUCAGGUCAAUUUCGCUAUCAUAUUCUAUCUGUUUUGGGCAAUCGUCUACAAAUGCGCCAAGGCCUCGGACUUUCACACGGACUUGCUCAAUAGCCGACAUUGCACACUCAGCAAGUCGUGGAUCGCGGAGAAGAGUUUUCUCGCUCGGUCAGACGGGAUGGUGGCGACUGGCAUGAUCUGGUCUCUUGUGUUUCUCGGGCUAUCAGGCGCGUCUGGCAUGCAGCUGGCAACGAGCGGCUGGCUCGAGAACGUGGCGCAGAACGCGACGUCCGCGCGGUUCACGCGCGCGGAGUGCAGCACCUGGCAGGUGGGUCAAGGCUGCUGCACGCCACUGGGAAACACCGCGUCUGCGUGGACCUUCGCUUCUCAUGGGGUGCAUGGCACUUGGUCCAGCACCACCGCGUUCAUCCGCUUCGACUUCCACGACGAUACGAUCUGCGGUGGCGUGGCGAAUUCCAGGCAACACGGGAGCGCAGUUCUCACCUUGAACGACGCUUCGCCCAUCGACCUGACCCUUGCGAUGACAGGCGUCGCUGAGGCCAACUUCGAAAAGUUUGAACUGUACGUGGACAACGUCCUGCGCACCACGGUGCAAGCUUCAAACGGCCACGGGGGCAGCGCAUGCCAGGUCAGCACCUGCAUCAUGUGCGAUGUCAACAUGCCCUCGCAGACAUUCUCGCUUUCAGCUGGGCCGCACACAAUCAGGGUAGAGGUUGAUUCUCUCGACGGUCUGUUCCACAGGGGCGCUUACUUCCAGAUUACCUUCGGCAAAAGCAGCCCGACGUGUGGCGGAUGCACCUGCUCGGAGGCGACGCCCAGCCCGACGCCCUACCCGACGCCCUACCCGACGCCCUACCCGACGCCCUACCCGACGCCCAGCCCGACGCCCAGCCCGACGCCCUACCCCACGCCCUACCCGACGCCCUACCCGACGCCCAGCCCGACGCCCACGCCCCGCUGGGAAACCAUGGGCAACCCUGAACACGGCGCGGAACAGUACGACCGCAAGCUCGAGAACAACCGCGUGUACAAGGCAAUAGUAAAAAAGGACAGGGCCAACGCGGCGAAGCACGAGCUCAAGAUGCGAUUCCAGAGGCCGCUGUUGAAGAAGAUCGCGGUUGAGUGGUGCCAGGGCGAGGCGGCGGACAACUGGGAGCUCGCCGAGCAGCGUGCGUGGUCCAACGAGCAGCUUCGGGCGCGAGCGCGGAAACUGACGGGGGAGCUGGCCGAGAGCAGCGCGGCCAAGGAGAACGCACAGGCGAAGGGAGCUGCAGACGCGAAGGCCCUCAGGGCCUGGAAGUCCCGGUUCGAGGCUUUCUCGCGCGUGUGCGACCAGGGGGGGCUGCGCAACGGCAUCGGCAGGAUGCCGCGCAG